AAAUUCCACUUUCAUCCUCCUUUAUACGCAAAGGCGUUACUAGCGUGUUUCGCUCUUAAUAAGGGCAUUACUGGAAUUUCAACUGUAGCGUGUCAUAUUCGGCGGGAUAAAUGGAUAUCGGCCCAUGGGCCUUAUUGGCCCACUAAAGUCCAAGGCGGGAAUUUCCGAAAACUCAGGUGGCGGGAAAUUCUGUUUAUACCGAAAAUCCACGUGGCACAUCUGAGCCGGAAGAUACGGUCGUUAAAGCGUCGGGUCUUUGAUUCAUUUUAAUCGUUGCUUCCACAUUAAAAUUCACUUUUGAUUUUGCUCUACCCACAGGAACCCUCGGCGUCCAUGGCGAAAGCUUCUAAGAGCGAAGUUUCUUCAGACGAGGCUUACUCAUCUGAGGAAGAGGCGCAAGUUAACGAUCAGGUGAAUGUGGAGGAAGAUGAUGAUAAGGAGCUCCAGGCCGUUGCUCGCUCGGCGGACUCCGACGAGGAAGCACCCGCAUCUGACGACGAGGUUGUCCCUGUAGAAGAUGACGCCGACGAGGACGAAGCAGAUAAUAAAAAAGCUGAAAUCAGCAAACGUGAGAAGGCUAGGCUUAGAGAAAUGCAGAAGUUGAAGAAGAAGAAAAUUCAGGAUAUUUUAGACGCCCAAAAUGCUUCCAUUGAUGCUGAUAUGAAAAAUAAAGGGAAGUGAGGAUUGAAAUAUCUUCUGCAACAAACCGAGUUGUUUGCACAUUUUGCUAAAAGUGAGCCUUCUCGGUCUCAGAAGAAGGGGAAAGGAAGGGGUCGUCAUGCUUCCAAACUAACUGAAGAAGAGGAAGAUGAAGAGUAUCUUAAGGAAGAAGAGGGUGCUAUACCUGGAUCUGGAGGCACACGAUUGCUCACACAGCCCGCUUGUAAGUACCUAAAUAUUGCUCCUCUUUAUCUGGAAACUAGGAGAGUUCCGCGCUUCGCGCGGGAUUUGAUGAAUCAGUUCUUAUAAAAAAUCUAAUUUUGUGUAAAUUUUAUUUUAUAUUAGCUUGGGUGUGAGUAUGAUUAUUUUAUCUACACCAAAUUUGAAUUAUAUACCUAAAAAUGAUCGAAUUCUUAGUAUUUUUGUUGUUCGAAUCUUAAAUUGUAACUUUAUAGUGUUUUAUGUUUUGUAACAUUAUAAAAUACAUAAAUCCAUCGGAUUCGAUCAAAAGAGAAUGAGAUAAUAAUUUUUAAUACUAUUAUAUUUUUUUAAGAUUUUAUAAAAUAGUGGAGAAUGAUUGAUAUUUUUAUUUAGAAGAAUUCUUUGUCAAAGUUAUUAUAGUUGUUUUGUAGAAUGUUAGUAAUUGAUAUUAUUAACAGUUAUGGUUGUUU